AACACAAAAUAAGUUCCGUUUCCGCUUCCUUUUUACGUCGAACCUCCACCAAGAUGAGGUGAGUGUACAUCUUGGUAAAAUCCAAAUCGAUUCGCUUUAACUAUUAACAAUCUGGUUUUUAUUUUAAAGUUAUUACACUUUAAAUAUAUUUUUUAUAUUAGAUAUUUGUGUAUACCCAUUUAUCCCCGUAAAGACGCUGUAUGAAGUAAUGAGUACUUAGUUCUUGCACCUCAGCCUCUUUCAAUUGUGUGGCCCGUCAUGACCUUUUUAUGCCUUCCCCACAACUCAGCAGCCAGCCAUGUACGUGAUUGUCUAAAAUUCAUUAAAAUCUUUGGUCUAGUCAAAAAAAUCCACUUAAAUUUAAAAGAAUGAGCCUGUUCUCUUUACUAGGCACCACUUACGAUGCAGGGCUAAAAUACACAUAGGCCGCUAUUCUCUCAACUAUAACUAGGGCUAGGCGCAUGGUACUGAACUGAAACUUGAUGUUAAAAAAAGAAAAAGGCAAAUUACUCUGGCUGCAUUCCUAGAUAGGAAGCAUAGUUUUAUUGUUUGUAAUUUCAUUUCAGUAAAAUCAACAGAGAUUCACUCCGUGAAUCUAUUGACAAUGUUCUCAAGUAUUCCAAUGAGACAAAGAAGCGGAAGUUCACUGAGUCUAUUGAGCUUCAAAUUGCACUGAAGAACUAUGAUCCCCAGAAGGACAAGCGUUUCGCUGGAACCAUCAAGUAUGCCUUGAAAAUUUUAAAAUAUGAACCCUUCAUAUAAAAAUGUGAUCACUGAGAAAACUUUGUCCUAGUCGACUUUGUAUAUUUUAAUUUUUUUAAAAGUGAGACAUUUUUAUAUUAGGGUAGUUGAUUGGUUUUUCCAUCAACGGGACCUUACCCAGGGUCUCUAAACUUUGGGUAGGUAAUAGUGCCUUUGUACUUUUACCGAACAUUGUUUUCAGGGCAUGUCUGGAUUUGGGUAAGAUCACAUAAAAAUGUUUGGUUUUAAUAGUGUGCCCUUGAUUUUAACUAUUUAGGCAUGUAUAAUAGUAAUUCCAUCAUUUAAAAUGUUGGCUUAAGCAUUUGUUUAUAAAAUAUAUUUUGUUUACAUUUUAUAGAUUGCGUAACAUCCCAAAGCCCAAGAUGAAGGUAUGCGUUCUGGGUGACCAGGUUCACUGUGAUCAGGCUAAAGCUAAUGACUUGCCUCACAUGGACAUUGAGGCACUAAAAAAACUUAACAAGGACAAGAAACUUGUAAAAAAACUAGGUAUUUUAAAAUCUCAAUUUAAUAUUUCACUUGGCCGUCUUUGGCAGCCUACGGUUUAUCUUAAAAAUCUUGCUCCCAAUGAUGAUUUUAAGUUAGGCAUGUAUUGUCAUAAUAGUAAUGUUGAUAAAUUUAACUGAGGUUGCAGGAUUGUUUUUGUUUUUUUAUUACUGGGUCAUUUGCAUAAGCUGUAAUAGUAUGUUAACUGAUAUUUGGGUGUCAUUUUAUUUCAGCCAAAAAGUAUGAUGCUUUUCUAGCUUCCGAGUCCCUCAUUCGUCAGAUUCCCAGAGUUUUGGGUCCGGGUCUUAACAAGGCAGGCAAAUUUCCAGCACCAAUCACUCACAAUGACAGUCUUAAUGCUAAGGUGGAGGAGACAAAAGCCACAAUCAAGUUCCAGAUGAAGAAGGUAGUUAUUACAGUAGUAUUUCUAGUAUUUUAUUACAUGCAAGUUUGUGCCUAUUAAUCCAUUUUUUAUAUGAAUAGGCUUAUUGAAAAGUUUAUUCAAGCAAGUAUUUGAUACAUUCUCAAAUUCUCUUUCAGGUAUUGUGCUUGGCAGUGUGUGUUGGACAUGUGAACAUGAACUCUGAAGAGUUGUACCAGAACAUCACACUGGCUAUCAACUUCCUUGUCUCUCUGUUAAAGAAAAAUUGGCAAAAUGUUAGAGCUCUCUACAUAAAGAGCACCAUGGGCCCUUCGGAGAAAAUAUAUUAAAAUUUAUUGUAAUUGAGCAAUAAAUGUUGCUAUUAUC